CUCUUCUCUAAUCGUCGACCCGAGCCAUAGCUAUCUUCAACAGCAAAGCCACGCGAGUUAAUACACCCCCUAGCUACUUCGUCCGCCGAAAGUCGCCCGGUGUGAACUCAUUCCAACAGCCAGCGCAUCACUUACGACAGGAUGGCCCCAAAUAAAACAAACAUGACCAAUUGGCUUUCAGCGACGAGCCCCUUGAAUCCUUUCUCAUGCACGAUGGGGGCCAAGCCGCCAGCUUCACACUUAGAUCCAUUCCCUAAAUAGAGACGACAUGUGCCUGGAAUGAGAGUCUCUUGCAACAUAUUCUCUCCUCAGUUUCUGACGAUAUCCAGUAUGCCGCCUCCUUCAUCAGAAAGCGAAGAUGACACCAGCCAACAUGUCUCCAGUAGCAAGGGACAGUCUGGCCCGACAGUCAUGUAUGCUGCAGCGCCAGAUACACCAGGAAUACCAUCAGACAACUCCCCAUCCAUCUCUGAUCUCUUUCGCGAGAUGCAAGAGACCAACCGGCUUCUCAAGCUCAUGUUGGCCGCUCACAAGCCGGAUGUGCCCGCAUCGCCGGUUUCUCAACUGUCAAGAGAGACCACCUCCAACAGUGACCCGGAUCUGGUCAAGAUGAAAGUUCGAGAGUUGGUCCGUGACAUUGCGAACCAGUCAUUCAGUCCCGCGGACCCCUCGAACAUCAAGAGAUUCAUUCGCAGCUUCAUCGAGGAACGCAUCUCACACAAGCCAAGGGAAGGCCACCAAGGAGAGUAUGGCCCCGGUGCAUACGUCCCCAUUUUUGUAUCAUUGCGAGACAACCACUCCGGGCCGCUCGCAGAGAUAUACUGGAACUGGGAAAGACCGAACAAGUUGGAUCCCAUUCACCGAGUCCUCAUGGACGCAUCUCAGGUCUCUAAUGUCACCAAGCAAUGGGGUUCAAGGUUUGAUCUCGAUGCUUUGACCUUUUCUCACUCUCGUGAGACAGGAUGGAUCAUCGGCAAGAGUCCUGCCCUAGAGGGAGCCAUCAUUGGAUGUCCACUGUUUUACUCUGGCCAAGGGCCAGCACAGAAGCUGGUGACGGCGAGGUCCGUCUUUGACAAGGACUGGAAGCCCAUCGCCUCAGCAAUGGCAGCCCCUGAUCACUUGACCAGCCCCGGCUCGCUGUGGCAUUGCACUGCUCCUUUGCUCGACGGCGGUUUGAUGGCUCUUGACCGCCUCGCACUCAUAACCGCUGUGGUGUUGAACAAACCCAACACCGAGACCGGCAUCGCCCACCGCUUUCUUCACGAGUUUUGUGCCGGAUGGAAACCUCUUUACCUACGUGGCAAUCGCAUGAAUUACACCGGGUGGUCAGGAAACUCGGACACCACUUACCAACACACCAUCCGCUGUUUCUCCCCCGCCAGCAGGUCUGAUAAGGUCAAUUUUGGCUUGAGGCCUCAUGCGAAAUGUGUCAGACAAUCCGGCCAGUUCCCCUCUCACCUUGCAAGCUCAUCCUCUCCCUUCACCGAACGGAGAAUGAGUCUUCUGUGCCACUGGGACUACACUUAUCCCCCCCAUGGGUUCCGUAUUGUUGCCUUGACCGAUGCUAUGACCAUGAAACAAGAUGGUGAUAUCAAUGUGUCAAAUGACUUGUUUACCGACUGGGGAGAUAGACACUUUGCUGUUGAGGGGCUGAAUGCUGGCUAUCAUUUACUCCAAAGCAGCAUCCACCGUCUGCUCAUGUUUUGGGAAACCGAGUGGGGCCACUGUUUGGACGCAUUGGAGAGCAACGUCAACACUUCUCUCCUCGACAUUCUCGACGAUGAAACCAGCUCCCGCCUCAUGUUUGACACUUCCUUUGAACGCUCCAGAGUGUACUUCAAGACACUGCAGAUGCUUCGCAUCUUCGCCGACGCUAUUCGGGAAACUGGCCGCGAUUUGCAAGAGAUGGACCCCGAGAAGCUGAUCCAAGGGGGUUUCCGGCGCGCUGGACACGAUGUCCAGGCUUUCUUGAAACAGGACCCGCUCAAGGACAAGGCGCUCUGGAACAACUGGAAGAUUUUGUCCGACUUUCAGCAGCAAACUGAAGAAAAGCUGUUGCGAAGAAUUGCUGAAAAGACGGAGGAGAUUACCAGUUUGAGAGACGGGGUGAGUGGUGGUGAUUGGACCAACUUGGUAGACGAACCUGUGCUAACGGUGCUGCAGCUGUUCAACGCAACUUCUCUCCGGGAAGCCUCGAGGGCGACUACAAUGAACCGAUAUGUCAUUGUUUUCACCAUCAUGACUGUUUUGUACCUACCCCCUAGCUUCACCUCUGCCCUGUUUGGCACCCCACUCUUCGAAGCUGAGUCUCAAGAGGAAACCGUGGAGCGAUUCAAGACAUCAACCAUCAUCGUGUGCGUCAUCACCUAUGUUCUCGCCAUUUCCCUCAUCUGGCUAGCCGACAAAUGGGACAUUGCCGGUGUUGUGUACCAUGACCUACGCACACUGUGGCGGGGCACCACGGACCGGCUGAGACGCAGGGGACCUGAUGGGUGGAGCUUGAGGUCAAAAUCACGAAACUCGAGUUCUGAUGCGUUGGUGGAAGGCAAGCAAGCUGUGUAGCCUCUGUCUAAGUGGUGCUGUACUUGGCCCAGACCUUCUCAUCGUACUCGUCCAUCCACUUGACAUACUCUGGCCCCGCGGCAGCCCACCCCUUAAUCCCACCCCCCAGAGCAAGACUCUGCAUCUCGGUGUCGUUUUGGGACGAGAUAUAGUCCGCCAGCCAACUGGCUGCUCUGCUCCCUCUACCUGUCGAUGAGCCUGUCCAUAGCGUUCAGCAAUCUGGGGGGCCAUUUCAAAAACAGAGCGACCUCGUGAAGGCUUACCACAAUAAAAGAUGACCUUUUUGAGCCCGGCAGCCUUGAGGGUGGAGUACACCGUUGGCAGAGUCGGAUAGAGGCUUUGAGCAGGGAGGUUGAUGGAGCCGCGGAUUGUACCGCCCUUGUUUAUCUCAGCGUCGUGAUCUCAUGCGGCGAAAAAGGAUGCAAAUGGGAAACACCUACCUCAAAGUCGUUUCUUCUCAGGUCAACCAGCACGGUAUCUUUUCUCCUGUUGGCGAGAAUGGACAGGACCUCGUCACGGGGGAUGAAGACGGUUUGAGAAGAGGGGGCGGGAUAGGCGGCGUGCCAGGGCGCUGGGACAGGAGUGUCUGUGGACAUUUUGCGGAGGGAGUAGGUGUGCAAUUGGUGAGGUCGGAUUGUCCUGGAUUUUGGAAAGCUGCGUACCGAACGAAGAGAUGUUGAUAUGAGGAAUCUGUUCAUUGCAAUCGUUGCAAGAGUUGACGAGAGAACCUCGUCCGGCAAUGAUGCCGGAUCAUGCAUGGUGGGGCAAUGGGGAGAAGGAAUGUCACUGGCGACUUGUGAUUGGUUGGGAACGAACAAACUCCCCGAACCCGCCUCUUGACAGUGCUGCCUGGUCCAUAACAAGGGGGUCGAAAGGGGGUCCAAUAACAGGUUCAAAAUACGGGUCACGAAAGGUGUCACAGAUGAUUGUCAUGAUGCACAGGUAACAAACGUCAAAAACUUUAUGGGAUUAUACUUUCACAAUUAUGUAGGCAAGAAGGCAUCCCCCUCCCCCACCGUCCCAAAACCUCCCCAAUCUCCCCCUCCCUCCUCCGAAUCCUCUCAUUCUCCCUAUCCACCAGCUCCAGCAGCCUCAGCGUCAAGCUCUCCCAAUACCACAAGCUCCCCUCCAGCCCCCUCAGCGUCCUGAUCCUCCUAAGCGAAGUAUCAAACGCCUUCCCUCUCGCCAACCACUCCUUUGGGUCCAAACCCAAAAGCGUGUUCCACAGAAACGUCGCAGCGGCGUACCGCUCGCAGAUGGCGUCCCCAAAGCGUUUAAGCUCAACAGACAGGGCUUGGUUGGCAGGAACGAGGUCAGCGCGGAUGAGGGCUUUGGCUGCUAGCAACCAGCCUUCGUGCAUGGUGGCGAGACGGGCUUUGCAGUCCCGCAGCCGCUCGAUGGCGUCGUCGAGGGGGAUGAGGUUGUCGCCGCUCCGGACGAGGGGGUUGGAGGGUGAUUCUUGGAAUUCGGGGAUGGGUGGUAACCUGCUGGGGUGUCCUUGCCGGGAGGUUGCCUCGCGGAGUUGGGAUUGGGUGGUGGAAAAGACGCGGAUUUCCUCUUCUUGGAUGGGGCGGAGGGAUGAAGAGGAGCGGCGGUUGUUAUUGGUGCUGCUGCUGCCCCGAGUUGCGGGGGGCCGCCGUGUGUGAACCUGGCUGGCGGAUUCGCUCGGGGUGAUGGAGCAGGGCCGGGAUGCUACGAGGUCCAACCAGUCUAUAUCAUCGUUAUUAUUUGGCUCCAUUUUGAAGAGUGGAUGGAUGAAAAGCUUACCAAUGGUGAGGAUGACGUGUUGAAUGUUGUUGUUAGUGCUUUCUGCCUCCGUCUUACUUGUUGUGAGAGAAAGGCUUUUGUGAGGAUGAAGGGAAUCUAAGAGAAGAUGCCAAUGGGAGCAAAAGCCCGUCUUUAAUGCUUACAGCUUGAGGGUCAGAAACCUAUUCUUGUCCCAACAAAGGCAUUGUCGAC